AUGAAAAACCACUCUGUGACCAAAUUCAUCCUACUGGGACUAACAGAUAUCCCAGAGCUUCAGAUUAUCCUUUUCAUAUUCCUCCUCCUCACAUACAUGUUCAGCAUCAUUGGGAAUCUGACCAUCAUCAUCCUUACACUGCUGGACUCCCACCUACAGACUCCCAUGUAUUUCUUCCUCCAGAAUUUCUCCUUCCUGGAAAUUUCCUUUACAUCCAUUUUCACACCUAGGCUGCUAUUCAGCAUCUCAACUGGGAAUAAGACUAUCAGCUUUGCUGGUUGCUUCACUCAGUUGUUCUUUGCCUUUUUCUUUGGAGCCACUGAGUUUUGUCUUCUGACUGCCAUGUCCUAUGACCGCUAUGUGGCCAUCUGCAAACCCCUGCAUUAUACCACCAUCAUGAACAGCAGUGUCUGCAUCCAGCUAGUACUCUGCUCUUGGCUAUGGGGUUUUCUGAUCAUCUUCUUCCCAAUCAUCUUUACCAGUCAGCUAGACUUCUGUGGGUCCAAUGUGCUGAAUCACUAUUACUGUGACUAUGGACCCCUCAUAGAAAUAUCUUGCUCAGACACAAGUCUACUGGAACUGUUCGAUUUUAUCCUGGCAGUUGUAACGUUGGGGGUCACCCUGGUGCUGGUGAUCCUCUCCUACACAAACAUCAUCAGGACCAUUCUGAGGAUCCCUUCCGCUCAGCAGAGGAAAAAGGCCUUUUCCACAUGUUCUUCCCACAUGAUAGUCAUCUCCCUCUCUUAUGGAAGCUGCAUCUUCAUGUACAUAAAGCCUUCAGCGAAAGAAGGAGUUGCCUUCAAUAAGGGAGUAGCUGUGCUCAAUACAUCAGUCGCCCCUUUACUCAACCCAUUCAUUUACACUCUGAGGAAUAAACAGGUAAAACAAGCCUUCAAGGAUAUGGCCAGAAAAUUAUACAUAUUUUCAAUGCAAAGAAAGAGC